AAUUCUCAAUUUAUCAUCAAACUUUCCCUAUGGCCCAUGUGUCUUAAUUACUUGUCCCAUUCCCAUUUCUAAACGAACAAACACUGUCUAGAAGAGCCUAACGUUUGACUUGUCCUUUUAGUAUCUGAUAGUACUAACGGUAACCCUCCAAGCCCCAAGAGAUCAUUCUAUGCUGCUUGCUGACUUUUAAGCUUUUUUUUUUUUUCGUAUCAGUUGUCGAAAAAAGGCAUAAACUGAAUAAUCCUUCAUUCGCAGCUUUUUUUUUCUUUUUCUUUUGUGGGUUUCAAGAAUUUUGUGUGAAUUCUUAUGACCCAAAAUUGAAAAAACUCUCCGGAUAACUCCUGAAGCAUCUGCAAGCAGAAUAACAAUGUAUCCGAAAGUGAAAGUGAGGGAACAAGAAGAUUAUGAUGAUCAAUAUGAGUUUGAGACCAGGUCUUUGCAGUCAUUGAAGACUCCUGAAUGUUUCUCUUUGAAUGACUUCUCUUCUCCAGACAAUUCCCCUACAUCUGUUGUGAGAGUGCCUCGAUUUGAUAGCUCUACUUCAGGAGCAAUUAGCAACAGGAAACAGAAACUCUUGGAAGAAAACAAAACAAAUAUCAGAGCUAGUCCAAUUCCAAGACCACGUGCUGUCUUGUCCAGUCCAGAUAAUGAUCAAAUGAUUGGAAGCAAAAACAAGCCAAAAGGUGAUAUACUUGCCAGUAUGAAAAGGCAAAGUCUGUUUGAGAAUAGACACGCCCGGUGUAAGGUUACUCCGAGGCCUGUUGCUGCUGAUGGCUGUAUAAGCACAAGAACAUCGCUUAAGGAAGUACCUGACGGUAAAGGUGAUCUUCGAACUAGACAAAGAACAGUCAUCACUGAUUCAAAUCUGAGACUGAACCUCCAGAAGGGAAAACCAAAAUCAGUCAAGGAUAGAGUGACUCAGUAGUUGACUAACGAGCAAGUAAUUACUUCUUCAAGUCACUUACCUUUAGACCAUAGUAUUUCAUUUGCUCAAAUGCCAGAUGUAUUAUCUUCCUACGUUGAAGUGCAUGUAGAGUUAAUAUCUUAAGUUGAGCCUGUAAUCCCUAAGUGUUAACUCUUGUUAUCAACUUUGUCCUCAUUAGACUAUGAUACAGGAUAGGAUGCAGUCAUCAUUGGCUUUUUGCAGUUCUAAGGAAAGGCAAGGGACUUGUUAUAGAGCACCUAGUGGUAUUGUUUGUUUCUCCCUCUUAAACAGAGCAAAAGUGAGGAUGCAUUCCAUGCUGCAUGCAUGGAUUUACAAUGCAAGACAUCCGAGCAGUUGGCUCUCAAGUGUGUAUGGUUUCUGAUCAAACUAAUACAUGCUACGCUAGUGGAAGCAAUGUAGAAACCUUUUGUAUUCUUUUUAA